AUGGCCGUGCUAGUAGUGACUGGCACAAGGCGAGCACCAGGAGUGGCUCUAGGAGGCCAAGGGCAUUGCGGGUCGGUCGUGUUUGCGUUCCAGGGAGCAGCGCAGGGGAAGGUGGUGGCGCCAGGAAGGAGAGUGGUCUUCAUGGGAGAUGACACUUGGGAAGGACUCUUCCCCAAGAAGUUUUUCCGCUCCUAUUUCUUCCCUUCUUUUAAUGUGAAGGAUCUUCAUACUGUUGAUGAUGGGAUCCUACAGCAUCUCUAUCCAACUGUGGAUGGUGGCGAAUGGGACCUGCUCAUUGCUCAUUUCCUUGGUGUGGACCACUGUGGGCACAAACAUGGACCUGACCAUCCUGAAAUGGCUAAGAAGCUCGUCCAGAUGAAUGAGAUGCUCAGGUCCUUGGUAGAUCAUCUGGGAAAUGACACCCUGCUUCUGGUGGCUGGGGACCAUGGCAUGACGGACACUGGAGACCAUGGUGGGGACAGCGAGAAAGAAGUGAAUGCAGCACUGUUUGUGUACAGCAAAACACCCCUAUUUGGCACUGCCCCUCCUGAGGAGCCCGAGGCCGUUCCCCAGGUGAACCUGGUGCCCACCGUGGCCUUGCUGCUGGGAGUGCCCAUCCCCUACAGCAGCAUCGGCGAGGUGAUGGCUGAGCUCUUCUCCGGGGACGGUGACUCCGUGUCCGCAGCCUUGCAGCAGCUCUUGGUCUAUCAUGUCAACACCAAGCAGGUGGACCGAUUCCUGCGCUCCUACUCGCUGGUGGCCCAGGACCUGCCGGCGGAGCAGCUCCAGCACCUGCAGGGGAUCUUCUCCAGCGCUGCGGAAGAGCACGCUCAGCUCUUGGCCCGCGUGCGAGAGGCAAAGCUGGUGUCUCCGGAACUGGAGGCCAGGCUGGGCAACCUGCUGGCGGCCUACGGGCUGGGCAGCGUGUACUCGGCAGCCUUGGUCAUAGCGCUGACCCUGCUGGGCUUCCUCUUGCUGCUGCUGCACAGCGAGCGGCUCAGUCUCGCCUUCCUGCUCCUCUUCCUGGAGGCCUUCGUGCUGCUGCACAUCCACGCCCGUGCCAGGAGCCUUGCUGGAGACGCGGAGCCUUUUUUGGUGCCCUGGUAUGCAGUCCUCUCCUGGCUCCUUGCUGCUUCCCAGUUCUUCUAUUCCACAGGCCACCAGCCCAUCUUCCCAGCCAUCCAUUGGAACGCAGCCUUUGUGGGCUUCCACCUUGACCACAGCACUAACAUCCUGCCUGCUGUCCUGGUGGGCGCCAACACGUUUGCCUCCCACAUCCUCUUUGCAGUUGGCUGCCCUCUGCUCCUGCUCUGGCCCUUUGUGUGUGAGACGCCCAGCGCACAGAGGAAGAAGUCCAGGAAGGAGCCCCGGGAGGAGCUGCUGGAAGAAGAGGAGCACAUGAUGGAGAUGAGGCUGCGGGAGGCCCCGGAGAGGCUCUCUGCAGCUCUGCUGCAGCUGGGACUGAAGUACCUCUUCAUCCUGGGCAUGCAGCUUCUGGCCUGUGUUUGUGCAGCUGUGAUCCUCAGGAGGCACCUCAUGGUCUGGAAAGUCUUUGCCCCAAAGUUCCUCUUAGAAGCACUGGGUUUCGUGGUGAGCAGCAUCUGCCUCCUGCUGGGGAUCUCCUUGGUGAUGCGUGUGGACUGUGCAGUCAGCACCUGGUUCACCCAGCUCCAGCUCAGGUAGCGUUGGAGAUGUGGGGAACCUGACCUGCUCCUCGACCAAGGCUGUGGUUGUCUCCUUGCCUCCUGGGGCCUGGCGGGAUCCUAGAGCCACCAGCAACGAGUGCCUGUCGACAGCAGUCAGGGGCCGUCCCCAGCG